AUGGCCAGCGACGAGUCUGGCUCCGAGCCGAUAAAGCGCGAUGUGCGCAACCAUAUGCUGUUCGAGAUCGCGACGGAGGUCGCCAAUCGCGUGGGAGGGAUCUAUUCCGUUCUCAAAUCCAAGGCGCCCGUCACCACCGCGGAGUAUGGCGAUAGAUACACUCUGAUCGGCCCCUUGAACCGAGCGUCGGCUGCCGUGGAGGUGGAGGAGCUGACCCCCUCCAAUCCCGCUAUCACGGAGACCAUCCGAUCCAUGAAGGAGCGCGGCAUUGACAUCAUCUAUGGGCGCUGGCUGAUUGAGGGUGCGCCUCGGGUGCUCCUGAUCGACACGGGCACGGGGUACGGAUACCUGGACGAGUGGAAGGGCGACCUGUGGAAUAUCUCGGCCAUUCCGUCGCCGGCGGCUGAUACGGAAACGAACGAAGCAAUCGUUUUUGGCUAUCUGGUCGCGUGGUUCCUGGGUGAAUUUAUCGCCCACGAACGCCGCCUGGCGGUGGUGGCUCAUUUCCACGAGUGGCUGGCUGGAGUGGCUCUGCCGCUGACCAAAAGGCGACACAUGGAUCUGACCACCAUCUUCACCACCCAUGCGACCCUACUCGGGCGCUAUCUCUGUGCGGGGUCGGUCGAUUUCUACAACAACCUCCAAAACUUCGACGUGGAUGCCGAGGCCGGCAAACGAGGCAUCUACCACCGGUACUGCAUUGAGCGAGCUGCAGCGCAUUCCGCUGACGUCUUCACGACCGUGUCGCACAUCACGGCGUUCGAGAGUGAGCACCUGCUCAAGCGCAAGCCGGACGGUGUCCUGCCGAACGGGCUGAAUGUCAAGAAAUUCUCCGCGGUCCACGAGUUCCAGAACCUGCAUCUGGAGUCUAAGGAGAAGAUCAAUGACUUUGUCCGCGGUCACUUUUAUGGGCAUAAUGAUUUUGAUCUCGAGAACACCCUCUACGUGUUCACGUCCGGUCGGUACGAGUUCCGCAAUAAAGGCGUGGACAUGUUCAUCGAGGGCAUGGCGCGGCUGAACCACCGCUUGAAGACCAGCGGAUCCAAGACCACCGUCGUGGCCUUUAUUAUCAUGCCCGCCCAGACGACUUCUCUGACGGUCGAGGCGCUCAAGGGCCAGGCCGUGGUGAAGUCGCUGCGUGACACGAUCGAGAUGAUCGAGAAGGGCAUUGGGCGGCGUGUCUACGAGCGGUGUCUGGCGUGGAAAGAAGGCGAUAACAUGCCCGAUGAGAAGGACCUGAUGGCCAGUCAGGACCGCGUCCUGCUGCGGCGGCGACUGUUCGCCAUGAAGCGACAUGGCCUACCCCCGAUCGUCACGCACAACAUGCUCAACGACUCCGAGGACCCGAUCCUGAACCAGAUCCGUCGGGUGCAGCUCUUCAACCACCCGUCCGACCGCGUCAAGAUCGUCUUCCACCCGGAAUUCCUCAAUUCCUCCAACCCCGUGCUGCCGCUGGACUACGACGACUUUGUCCGCGGGACGCACCUGGGUGUCUUCCCGUCCUACUACGAGCCGUGGGGGUACACCCCGGCCGAGUGCACCGUCAUGGGCGUCCCCAGCAUCACCACGAACCUGUCCGGGUUCGGAUGCUACAUGGAGGAGCUGAUCGAGAACUCCUCCGACUACGGCAUCUACAUCGUCGACCGCCGACUCAAGGGCGUGGACGACUCCGUCAACCAGCUGACGGAUUUCAUGUUCAACUUUGCGCAGAAGAGCCGACGCCAGCGCAUCAACCAGCGGAACCGCACCGAGCGGUUGAGUGAUCUACUGGACUGGAAGCGGAUGGGGCUGGAAUACGUCAAAGCCCGCCAGCUGGCUCUUCGCAGGGCCUACCCGUCGUCGUUUGGCAGUGAAGAAGACUACUUCAAUGUCAUCGGUGGGACCGAGCAGAAGAUCUCGCGGCCUCUGUCAGUGCCCGGAUCGCCCCGGGACCGCUCCGGCAUGAUGACCCCCGGGGAUUUUGCAUCGCUGCAGGAGGUCAAAGAAGGCCUGAGCACGGAGGAUUAUAUUGCCUGGCGAUUGCCGAAUAGCGAGGAAGAAGACCCCGAGGAGAACUUCUUCCCCCUCACCCUGCGCACCAAGAAGGCAUCGGACCGACCCUCGUCGCCGCUCGACCGGAUAUCAGUGAACGGAAGCCAGUGA